UUUUGUGUUGUGUUUAGAUCUUCUUCUGUGUCUAGGUGUCUUCUGUUUUAUAUUUCGGAGUGUCUCUUCUUGUUCAACCCUUCAACGAAGAAUCAAAAGACAAGCCCACACAGAGCACAGACUUCGAUCUUUCUCGUCUCUGAAGCGUUAUGAGUGAUCAAAGACUGAUUUUUUUGAAGAUCAGUGUGACCUUUUAAGUUUUGAAAGGCCAAACCUUUGAAGAUAGAUCAUGGCUGGUAGUAAUGAAGUUAGGGUAAAUGAAUCCAAGAGGGUGGUUCCACUGAAUACAUGGAUCCUUAUAUCCAAUUUCAAGCUAGCUUACAACAUGCUUCGCCGACCUGAUGGUACAUUCAACCGAGAUUUGGCCGAAUUUCUCGACCGUAAAGUCCCCGCCAACACGAUUCCGGUCGAUAAGGUUUACUCUUUUGAUGUAGUUGAUCGAGCCACAAGCCUUCUAAACCGUGUUUACAGGCCAGCCCCUGAAAACGAGGCUCAAUGGGGCAUUGUAGAGCUUGAAAAACCCUUGAGCACCACUGAAAUUGUCCCCGUCAUAAUUUUCUUCCAUGGCGGAAGCUUUACACAUUCCUCUGCCAAUAGUGCCAUCUACGAUACAUUUUGCCGUCGCCUUGUUAGCAAUUGCAAGGCUGUUGUGGUGUCUGUGAAUUACCGGCGAUCGCCCGAACACCGAUACCCUUGUGCAUAUGAUGAUGGAUGGGCAGCUCUUAAAUGGGUUCACUCAAGAUCAUGGCUUCAGAGUGGGAAAGAUUCUAAAGUUUAUGCGUACUUGGCUGGAGAUAGUUCUGGUGGUAAUAUUGCUCAUCAUGUUGCUGUGAGGGCUGCUGAAUCGGGAGUUGAGGUAUUAGGCAAUAUACUACUUCAUCCAAUGUUUGGCGGAGAAAUCAGAACGGAAUCGGAGAAAAAAUUGGAUGGUAAAUAUUUUUGUGACAGUUCAAGACAGAGAUUGGUACUGGAGAGCAUAUCUACCCGAAGGGGACGAUAG